CAAUAAUCCUCUUUAAGAGAAGCGCCCCUUGGGGCUUCAUUACUCCCAUCUUGGGACCUUUGCGCUUGGCAUCUCUGUUGGUGGCUUGCAAAGGGUAUAAAAGAGGGGGAACGUCCAGGACCAACACAUCAGUAUCCUAUCCCACAUCCUUUAUUAGAUACUCUUUUUUUCUAAAAUGUACAAGUCCAAUCUUCUCUUUGCUGCUUUGCCGCUUGUACUGGCGCUUCCUACAUCGGAAAACACAGACGGCACGUUAGGGGCUCUCUGCACGGGAAGCACCACUGCCCACCUCUACGGGUAUGAGGAUGGCUGCUGGCAGGGCUUCCAAAAGUUCAGCUAUGAGCUCUCAGCACACGGGUGUAAUAUCCGUGUUGCCAAUACUGACGGGCGCGUUCACUACAUCACGACGGACGGCUCGGGCGACUGCAAGACAAUCAGCUUGGUCUACUUUACGGAGCGGGAUAUGAAUGGGGAGAGGUCGUAUGCGAGCUUGGAGCGCAACCGGUGUAUUAAUGUUAAUACGGGUAGCUCUGUUGAGUCGAUUCAAAUGUACUGCAGCAAGUCGACUUGAUCAGGUGGUGGUUGUUGGGGUGGUGGUGUCUGUAUAUCCGCACUUUUUAUCUUCUUGUAUGUACAUGGA